AUGCAAUCAUUUGGGUUAAACCCUAAACAAGAAGAUGAAGUGGAUAGCAGUGAGAGUGAUGAGGAUGAUGAAUACAUACCUGCUGCUGAAGAUGAUGAAUAUGAUCAGUAUGGUGUUGAUGACGACUAUUGGUUAGAGGAAGCUGAUAUAGGGUUUGAGGUUAAUGACAAUGGUGAAUGGGUUGGAUCAAGUAAAGAAGCUGUUAAGAAUGUGGAGAUGGAAAGUGGAAAAGAGUUUGAAAAUCAUAAAGAUAUGUUUGGAUCAGCCGAGUCCAAUGAAGAGAAAUUGCGGCCUGCUUUGAAUUCUGAUGGACCCGGUCUUCAAGAAAGGGACAAUAUUUGGCAGCGCUCCAUUUUGAGAAAGGCCAUAAGGGAGAGGGCUAUUAGAGAUAGUUGGGAGGUAUAUUUUAUCAUAAAUGACCGGAAAAGGUUGAGGGCUAUAUGCAAGUCCCAAGACUGUCCAUUCGAGCUCUAUGCAUCUAGGAUGCAACAUGAUGAAUCGCUUAUGAUCAAGACUUAUGAGCCGGAACACAAGUGCACGAGAGUUUUUGAUAACAGCAUGCUCAGUGCUAAGUAUUUAACUAAGCGUUUCAUGGAAAGGAUCAAGCUGAACAGUGGCUGGAAGACAGCUCAAACUAUGUCUUCAGAAGUUAGAGUAAGGGUCUCCAAGCAGAUGGCUUAUCAAGUAAAGAAAGCAGCCCUUUUGGUGUUGGAGGGAACUAUCAUGGAGCACAAGGGAGAGAGCUUUCCAAUCUUUAAGAGGAUGUAUAUCUGUCUUGGAGCUCCUGAAAAUGGAUUUAAAGCUAGAUGUAGGUCUGUCAUUAGGCUAGACGGUUGCCAUUUGAGGUCUGCAUAUGGGGGUCAGCUCUUGACAGCUGUUAGCAUUGAUGCCAACAACACUUCAUGGGUGAUUGCCUACACAAUGGUGGAGAUUGAAAGCAAAGACUGGUGGAUUUGGUUCCUAGAGCUUCUGUGCAAAGACCUGAGUAUCCUUGAGGAUGGAGUAGGUUGGACUUUCAUCAGCGACAAGCAAAAGGGUUUAAUCCCUGCCUUUGAAGAAGUGGUUCCGUUGGCCAAGAUUAAAUUUUGUGUGCGCUAUAUGUGGACAAAUUUUACGAAGCUGUUUCCGGGAAAGUUACUAAAGGAUCAAAUGUGGAGAUGUGCAAAGUCAACUACACUUCCUUACUUUGGAAAGGCAAUGGAGGAAAUGAAGGCUUUGGAUAAUGAAGCGUACAAGUGGAUGACACAUAAGGAUAGGACUCCACGGCAUUGGUGUAGAACACACUUCGACACUUGGUCGAAGUGUGACAUUAUGAUUAACAACUUAUGUGAAAGCUUCAACUCGUUCAUUUUUUAUGCUAGAGUAAAACCACCAGUAAGUAUGUUUGAGGAAAUGAGAGUAAAGCUAAUGAAGAGAAACCAAAUCAGAAAUGAUAAGAUGCAAGCAGUGGUGGGAAAUCUGUGCCCCAAGCCUAGAGAAGUACUAGAAAAGAACAAAAGGAAGGCUGCUUCAGAUUGCAUUUCUACUGGGAAUGGUGGUGACCAAGUGGAGGUGGAGACUUUUGAAGGAACAAAGAAUAUGGUCAACCUUACUGCAAGGACCUGCACAUGCCGAAUGUGGGACUUAAGUGGUGUUCCAUGUAAGCACGAUGUCUCAGCAAUAUACAACAACAUGGUAGAUCCAGAAGACUUAGUUGCAGUUUGCUACUUAAAAAAGACGUACAUUAACAUUUACAACAAUUUGAUCAAGUCGGUGAAUGGAAUGGAGAUGUGGACUAGGAGUGAAGAACCACCAAUUCUGCCUCCAUAG